UGCAGGCAGCAACAUGUUCGCUCAUGACAACAUCUGUCUCCACAGAGAGAGCUACCACCUGUGGCAGCGACCCCGGGAAUGUCCAGCGCCUGAGCUGUGAUGAUGGAGUGAUCAGUGUGCAGACAGCACUGUAUGGACAAGGAUACGGUGUGUCCUGCAUUGAGGGAAGACCUUCAGGAAUACUCAGCUUAAGACAGUGCUCUCAAGUGGGCACAGACACUACAGUGUUUUGGUGUGAUGGCAAGAGCGAGUGUGAACUAAACAUCAACGUUUUUCAUACCUCUGAUCCCUGCUAUGGCAUCUACACACACCUGGACACCACCUACACCUGCGACCCUUCGAGUUUUGAUUCAGUUAACCUUGUUGCCUGUGAGGGCUCCUUUGCACAACUCCAGUGUGAUCAAGGACAGGUUAUAUUUGUGACUGGUGCAGACUAUGGACGUAGUGACCAGACCACCUGCGUUUCCCAACG